UCAAAGAAAGCUGCUGAAGGUGAACAGUCGUUAGUGGAACUAUUAGAGGAACGGCUUGCUGAAGCAGAAAGCUGUAUUCAGGAUUAUCAAGACGAAAACACUGUCUUAAAAUGUGAAUUGAGGGAUAUUCAAGAAUUUGGAACUGUACUGGUAGAAGGAACGGAAGUUAGCAGAUUAGCUGAAAGGUUAAAAGCCAGUGAAAGUUUGUGUGAAGAACUGGUUGAGGAAAAUGAAGUUUUAAAAGCAGACAUAAAAGAUUUACAACAAGAAAUUGAAGAAAUGCAGGAUCAAUACCGCGAGGAAGAGAUCGAUGAAUUUCGCGAACUGCAGAGAGAGUUGGAACAAAACGCCAAAAACUGCCGUAUCCUGCAGUUUAAAUUACGAAAAUCUGAAAGAUUAAAAGAGCAGUUGGAUACUGAAAAACAGCAUCUGGAAGCCAAAGUUAAGGAUCUUCUUCAAGCGUCUUCGCAAAACCUCAGCGAUGAGAAUCAGUCUAGCGGAAAACCAUCAGAUUCCAUUCGUAUUAAAGAACUAGAAUCAGAGCUUCGGAUAGCCAAGGAAGUGUCUGUACGUUUGCAUAACGAACUAGAGAACGCUGAAGAAAGGCGAUAUAAACUUGAGGAUGAAGCGUUUUAUUUAAAGGAAAAAGUUAGGGAAUUACAAACUCAAAAUAAGUGGCGUGAAGCAAGGAACCGAGUAGAACAACAAACGAAACGUUCGAGCACUGAGGUAACAGUACCGCUAAAUGCUGGGGAUGUUGGCAAGGAAAUGCGAGACGUUCUUGAAAGGGAAAGUGACCUAAGAGAUCAACUGAAGUUUGCAGAAGAAGAUCUGAAACGAACUAGGCUUAGGAUACAAGAUUUGGAAAAUGAAAAUGAGGAACUGUUAAGAAAGUUGACACGAUUAUCCAGCUCAAAAAGACCGCCCAUGACGCGUUCAGUAAGGAUCCAGGAGUUAGAGACGGAUUCAAAGAAGCCUUACCGAGAAGGCAUCGAUGUUGCUGCUUUAAAUAAACUUCCCGUAUUUAUUGAUCUAACGCCGGAAGUACAGCGUGAUAUAAGUGCCAUGAUUGCUACAAUCACUGAUUUGGAACAUAAAAAUAUGGAACUUUCAAUGCAAGUCAAAAGGCUUCGCGAACAUAAUUCUGGAACCAGCGAAGGAGAAAAAAAUGAGAAAGUAGGCGAAAAUGAAGCUAUUGAUAUUAGUAAGUUGGAGUCGGAGAAAAAAGUCGCCUCUCUAAACAAACAGAUUGAAACUCUUAACAACCAAUUAAUCAUGGCAAACGAGAGGUAUCUUGAAAUGCAUCAGAAAUUAAUCACGCAGUAUGGAGAAGAUGUUAAAUACGUGGAUGCUUUGAAAGAAAAAUGUGAAGAAUUGGAAAAGCAGUUAAGUGAAGAAAAAGCUAACGGAUCUCUCGAAGGUUUACGCCGCAACAGUAAUACACCAGCAACCACUGACGAGAUAGAACAGUGCUGUGAAGUACUGGCCUCAGUUGAAACACAAACGAAUCGUAUUUGUAAGCAGAUUGAAAAGAUUGAUAAUGCGCAAAAGGAUGAACGGCGUCGUUCGCUGUCCAAGGACAGUAGCGCAGCAAUAAUUGCUGAGCUGUCGACGGUUAUGUCAGAGCUGAAGAAUGUACAUAACCUGUUGGAAUCGCACAAAAUUAAUAACCCAAGUUAUGUUCGCAAGUCACCUGUUAAAGAAGCGAACAACAAACCAAACGAAACGACUGUUUGUGCAAGAUGUAAAGAAAAUGAAGCAUAUAUUGAAUCACAAAGGGAGGAAAUCGUAUUUUAUAAAAAAAAGAAUAAGGAUCUAACCAAUCAAGUUUUACAAACAGAGGAUCGAUGGACUUUGGAGAUCGACAAACAGCGACAAAUCUAUGAAAAUGAACUGAAGAAUUUGCGAACAAUGUUGGCUAACGCAGAAAAGUGUGUGGAAGAGCAAAAUCAGUUAAUCGAGUCUCGAACAAUAGCAUUGACAGAAAAAACUAGAAUGAUUCAAGAACGUGAUGAGAAGUGUGAAAAGCUUAAGAGCGAAUUACAAGAUUUGAAGAGUGAAAUUCAGGCUAUUGUUACAGAGCAAAAAUCAGCUAAAGAGUUUGAAAUAAAGUACAAAAAGCUGGAAUCUCUAUAUGAAUCACAGGUGGAAAAAUUCGGGCAAGAACGGACAAAAACAAAAAAUGAAAUUGCUGCACUUAAAAAACGUUCAGACGACACAAUUUUGGAUCUUGGUUUGCUUUUUAUCCCAUCUGAAUUGCAGAUAGCACCAAACGACUGCCAGAAACUUCGAGAAGCGCAUAGCAGAAAGGAGAAACUUUGGUCAGAGGAAAAGGCAACUUUAGAAGAAGAGAACAACAAACUUCGUAAACAAAUUGGAGACAAUAUCAGCAAUAAAGGGGAACCAAUAUAUGCAACGAUAUCAACGAUACGAUUUGAUCCGGACGGUGUCAGUGAGAAGGCAAUGAAUUCAAACACAAGCUUGAACCGCAGUAUCAAUGAGAAGGUUUCAAAUGUCGAAAAAAUGAAUGCGGAUUUGGCUGCCGAACUGGAGAAGUUAAAACUAGAAAAGGAAGAUCUUCAGGCCGAAUUAUCAAAAGUGAAACAAGACUGGACAAAAGAAAAAGAAGGAUUACAGCAUAAAGUUCGGCAAGACGAAAAAGUCAGAAGUGUUGAAUUUGAUGCACUGCAACAAAAGUUUGCUAGUCGAAUGCGAAUAAUGGAAGAUACCAAUAAGUCUCUGCAUACUCAGUUGGUUCAAGCUCGGAGAGAACGUGAUUACAACCGCGAAGCUCUUUGUACUUAUGAAAGGAAGAUCAACGAGGAAAAACAGAGGAUGGAAAAAGAAGAGAAACGACAAAGCGAUCUGUCACAAAAAUGUGUUGAAAUGAGGAGACAAAUAACUCAAAUGGAAGAAGAAAUAAACCGCUUAAAAGCUGAACUUACCUUGAACAAACAAGCUCAUUUGGCUGACCAAGCGCUUUGGGAAGUAGAGAAGAGUCAUUUCCAGAAGAAAAAAGAUACAGAUUCUGCAGUUGGUUCAACUACGAAUGUUACAAAAAAUUCUAAGAUAACGGAAAGUGCACUGCAAGCUGCUGAGGCAGUUCAGAAACAGUAUGCAGAUUAUCAGAAGUUCUACACUAAGGAGAUUGAUCGGUUGAAUGCCAGAAUUCGGGAGCUUUCAAAUACGUUGUCAACAAAACAGCACGAAUCUCAGAGGACCAGCAGAGAGCUUCGAGAACAAAUCAAAGUGCUGGAAAUUAGUCAACGUAAUUUACUGCAAGCAAGGGACUUGCAAAUGGGGGCUAAAGAAAUAUUGGAGGCAGAAAUUGAAAAACUUCGGGAAAAAGUUCAUUUGUCAGAAGUACAACGACUGACCAGGAAAUAUAAAUUGACUUCAAUUGUUGAUCAGCUACAAACGAUGGUUGAACCGUCGUAUAAAGUGGGAAAACUCGAUGCUGUUGAAGCUGAUAUGCUUAAAUACGUCUUAUCACAGCUAAAGACAAUCAAAGAUGAAGACAAUCAUUCUGCACAUUUAAAACCUUAUCAGAUGCAAACAUAUUCUCAUACAGAAGCUUUGUGUGCUGAACGAAAGUUAGCGCAAGAAAACUUUGACAGUUUGAUAAUUCCUUCAGACUUUUUUAAAACUCGUUUUAAAACCUCUGAAUUGCAAUAUAAACAUCAAAUUCAUGUGAUAAUUGGUUUCCUUAUUAGUGAUUCAUAUGGUGCUCAACCGUCGACAAGCAGCACAGCCGACAAUGUAUCUGCAGUUGACGGAGAUGGUAAUGGGACGUUUGACGCAACAUCGCAAUCUUCGGUGUCACUUCGCUCCUACCAAAACACAGCACCAACAUACAAGUGGCUGUCAGUGGCGUCAGCGUUGGCACAGGACGGUGUUACAGGAAGGGACUCAAAUUCAAACGAUAAGGACAAAACUGUCGAAUAUGACAAAGAUGGCCGCCUACAUUACAUACCUAAAACUAUUUCACGAUUUGGCUCUCAUGACAACAAAAAACAUUUUGAGAUCUCCCACGAAAAAGAUUCAUCUGCAGAUAGCAGCAAUCCAGAACCAAAAUCGAAUAGUAAAGGAACCAACAUAUUGCAUAAAAUUCGACGGGAAGAACUAGCUAAAGGCGGACAACCAUCAGUGCGCCUAAUGGCUAAGGCGUUUGACUCCAUCGAAGCAACGGUAUCGAAACAUAAUUCUUCUAAAAGAUCCAUCUUCAGCAUAAGAAAAUCUCGGUCGGUUGAAAACGCGGAAGGUUCUAAAAAUGCCAAUCCCACUACCAAAAGCAAAACUGUUCUAAUUCCGGGAACCUCGACACCGACAACGGUGACAGUCCUUGGAAGGAACACUUCACUGAGCCAGAUUGAAGAAUUAAUGGGAAGUCAAUCGCCGUAUGCUCAUACAACGUUGCCGCGUGGAAGCAGAAAUCCUUUGAAGAAUAUUGGUAUUUUUAGUGUUAUUGGUGCUUUGGGAACUCGAAUAGUUGAACGAGUUAGGCGAAGUUUGAGUCGUUCAAGUGUUGGGCGCUCUAGUACAGGUCAUAAUACUGACAAUGAGAGCGUUACAGGAUCGAACAUAGUUUCAGAGAAUGAUAAAAGCGUCAAAAGUUAUAAAACUGUGGAAAUGCGGCCGUCAUCAGCGCCAGAAAAAGUGAAAGAACCGUCAACAGUCGCAAAGACAAAAGCGAGGAAGAAAGUAAAAAAAACAACUACCACUAAUUUAGUAGAUGUCGGAAACAAUUCUGCAACCAUUAAAGCUAAAGGAUAG